AUGAAAGUUCUGUUUGCUAUUCUGCUCUGUUUAGUUAUUUCGUCUACGAAAUGCACAAUUUCGAAAGAACACCAGAAAGCCAUUGAGAACAUAUUGGAGCAUGCAGGUGACAAAACAGUCUCAGCGAUCUUCAACGAAAUUGAGCAGGUUGUCAGCAGCAUGGGAUCAGGGGCUCAAGCUGAUCAUGAGAAGUGGAAAAAUGAAGUACGCGCAGAGAACAAGAAGAGGGAGCUAGCUAUGAAAGAAGCCAUUGACGAUUUAUCACCAGAAGCGAGAGGAAGGCUUGUUAGAAUUAUUAUGGUUCAACAGAAUGCCAUAAUGACUCAAAAUGAGAAGAGAGAGUUGUUAAGGAAAAUCAAGUAUGAUAUGGAUGAAAAAGUGAAGCAGGAGCUUCUUUCCAAGAUCCCUGAGAAAACACUGUUCAAUACAAUUCUCUGA